AUGGGUAGCGCUUUUUCUCUAGUUAUCCCGGUGAGGUCAAAUCUUGAAGUCAGAGUACCCAGUAACAACAACGUCGUCCAUAAUCGAGCGUUCCCCAAAUCAGCUUCUAUUACCUUUGAUGGAUUUGAUGAUAGUGUGAAUAUUUUCGUCUCCUUGCAAAUGUCAAGGCAGGUUAUAGUACGAGGAUCAGACAGCAGAGCCUCUAGAUUAAUGUUGAAAAGAGAUGAUUCCCGUAAGGAUGCGAAAGUAGCGGUAUUCACUACUAUGGUAAAUAGAAUCCUCCGCCAAAGCACCGAGGCCAGGAAAAGGAACUUGUAUAUUCCUAAUUAUGUUGUGAUGCCGUUGGCCGAAGACAAGGGUGUUAACAUUGGGGAGUGCGUCCAAGCCUAG